CUCGCCGGACUUUUUUUUACCCCGCCCCUUUGGCGGUUUCCCGCGCUCACCGCUCGCAGGCGUUUCGUGGCGGGGGUCCGCGAGCCGCCGGGCCCUUGCACGUAACGGCGUCGCAAAAAGCCGGCCGGGGGCCUUUCCGCGCGAGGCGUCGCAGCCGGUGGGCCGUUGGGAGCGCGCGUGCCGGUGGCUCCCACCAUGUAUUACAAGUUCAACGGCUUCACGCAGAGGCUGGUCGGGGCAGCGGCGUCCGCCGCCUACAACCCCCAGGGACUCAAACCAAUAGUUUCCACUGAAUCCCCAGCUCUGAUUUUUGGGACAACAACUAAACUUGCUUCAGAUUUACCAGCAACUGAUUCUUUCUUGGGUAAAAACAAGGUGCCAGACCUACAGAAACUUUUUCAGUCUGACUUGCAAGCAGAUGGACUGCCAGUACACCUGAAACGAGGAGUUCCAGAUAAGCUGCUUUAUCGGACCACUAUGGCUCUAACAAUAGGCGGGACUAUCUACUGUCUAGUAGCACUGUACAUGGCCUCACAACCAAGAAACCAAAAGUAAAUGAACCACAACUCAUGGGACUCGUGACACUUCUCUGAAGGACCUCCUGCGUGUAUCUCUGUACUUGCUUUAAUUCUGUGAUCAUAUAGGGUUCAUUAUUCAGAUCAAAUUUCUUAGAGAACACGUUUUUAAAUUGGUUGCCUUAUGUGUUCUAGAAAUCAAUAUAAACAGGCUUAAAGACAUCAUUUUAACAUAUGGUUGUAGCUUUGCAUUUGUUGUCUUGCAGGAGCAUAUGAACAGUUGGAGAAAGUUAAGCUUUUCCUUCCUUCCUUCCCUCCCCCAACUUAAACAAUGUUAGAGAUAGGAGAGGACAAAUACUUUGUGUGCUAUGCUCCACAUUCUUUAGUGGAUGCUGCUGGUUUCCAAAACAGUAAAAGCAAAUCAUUUAAUUAUUAUAACAUACUGGGAACCUGUUUCUGUCAUACACAGCUCAUUUUACAUAAGUAGGUAGCAGUAGAACUUUUCCAAAUGCUGGUAUAUUAUUAAAUAUUUGUACCUCUGGUGGUAGGACAAAGGGCUUAUCUCCUUCGAGCAUUUAAAGUGGAUUUAUUCCAAAAUGUUAGCAUCACUGUACACAGCAGAGUACACCAGUAUUGUAACGUCAGUUGUACCAGUUUUUGGACUUUCAUUUGUCAAACUAUCUUAUUGUGCAAUAAAGAUAACUACAUGAAUAAUAAAACAGGCAAGUCUUGAAAGUUUCAGACCACUUCAGCUGGCCUGGUAGUGAAAUAAACAUACUGGUACACUUUUGUUUAAGUUCAACUUCUAGAUCUCAAACCAGACAACUGAUUCAUCUACCUUACUGUAAUGUUUUUGAGAUGGUAAUCCUCUUAAAACCCUCUCUCAGAACUCAUUGGGUGUUUAACUAUAAUUUUUGGUGAAACAGGUCACUGUCAUAGCUCAGUAUUAUUUUCAGUGCACGCACAUAUCUAUUUAUGUACACACAUACACACACAUUUCCUUUGCUGUGUGGGUGAAAGAGAGAGAAGCCAAUAAAACCCUUUAUUCAUUCUCUUUCCCUUGUAAUAUCAUAGCCUUGAACUGCAAGUUUCACACAAGUCUUCACAAAAAGCAUCCUCUAAUAUGAUAGAUCCUCCUCUGUCUAUGAACAUCGAGCGUUCACCCUUGGUCACCCAGGCUCUGGAUAAGCAUGGAUUCACUGGCCUCUGUAAAGACCCAUCUCUCCCAGAACUGUGCAGAAACCACCUUCCAUGUAAAUACGGAAAACAGUUGAUAAAGGAAUCUAAAAUUCCCAUUUCUUCAAUCUUUUACUAAAAACACUGAUUUUUUUUUCCAGUUGAGUUACAUCAAAGCCUUAUUACUGUUCCAUAGGAAAGAAAAUAGCUGCUUAUACUGUGAUCUCAGGUUUCAGUCAAUGUUGGUAUUUCAGGAUGGGAGAGAUUAAGUCACUGAAAAAGAAAUUUGUAAGGACAGCAAGACUUAAAGUAUAGCAGAGAAUAAUUAAGUUCUCCAGGAAUUGACAGCUGUGUUGUCUCUACUGAUAAAAUAUUUUAUCCUCAGUAGCCGAUGCUUCCAUGGCACUAAGAA